GCUGCAAGAUUUGAGGAACUCCUUGAAGGAACGCGGCUCCAAUCUCAUGAUUAGAUUCGGGAACGCAGAGCACGUCAUACAACAGCUUGCAUCUGAGGUGAAUGCCAGUUGUGUAUUUGCAGAACAAGAGGUGGAGUAUGAAUUGUACUUGCUUUUGGAUGUUAUGAAGGAGUGUAUGAAAUCUGUCACGGUUCGAGAACGUGCUCCUAGGAUUGAAUUAUGGAACACUCCAUUUUAUGAUGUAAAUGUUCUGCAAAAUCUUCCUGCAUCAUACGAUGACUUUAAGAAACUUCGACUACCUGUAACUGAACCACUUCAGCUGUCAAAAUUACCUGCUGCAGACAUGGAACUGGACUGGGGUACUCUUCCUGUAUAUGAUGAUGUAAAGAAUUUCAUUACCAGCAACCAAGGGAGAUUGAGAGAGAGGUGGAACUCAAUCAAGUUGACAUCAGCUGAAACCUUAUUACGGAAUAAAAUAAUGAAGUCUAGUGGGAGCAGUGAAGGAAGUUAUGACUCUAGGCAACUGCAGUCAAAGAAAUCAAAUGAAUCUGUUUUCCUGUCACAAAAAGGUAAUGCUGUAGGAGGUGGAACAAACAAUGUAUUAAAUGCCUUGGCUGCAUAUUUGAGAUAUUUCGAGGGAACAGCUCGUGAUGACUGGCAAGAGAUACAUGAAAAAGUACGUGCUUCUGAAAGUCGGAAUGGAGCAUCAUUUAUUGCACUCUUUGGUCCUGCUCUAUCUCUUGGCAUUAUAUCUAGAAGAAGUGUACACUAUGAAGCUAUCAAAUAUGAGAGAGAACGAAAUGCAGGAUUUAUAUCUCCCUUUGGAUAUUCAGCUACCACAAUUGCAGGAGCAGUUGAUGCUGUGUGCUCAAAGGAGUGGUACUGGCUUAUGGCUUUGAGAAAUCAAACAAACAAUGAUGGGAUACACUCAACACGGAUGUGGAAAUGGAAUGGUUUUCUUAUUCAGUAUACAGUUGCUGGCAAUGAUGGUCCUGCUGUUGUUCUUGUGCAUGGAUUUGGCGCUUUCGCAGAGCACUACCGUGACAACAUAAAUGGUUUAGCUGGAGCUGGAAAUCGUGUUUGGGCUAUUACAUUGUUAGGAUUUGGCAAUUCAGAAAAGCCAAAUAUUGUGUAUACUGAACUCUUGUGGGCCGAACUAUUGAGAGAUUUUAUUGUUGAUGUUGUGGGUGAACCUGUCCACCUUGUCGGGAACUCAAUUGGUGGUUAUUUCGUAUCCAUUGUUUCUUGUCUUUGGAGUGUUUUGGUCAAAUCUGUAGUCCUAAUCAACAGUGCUGGCAAUGUCGUCCCUAGUUAUACAUACAUACCUUUACCUGAAGAUAGAAAAACCUCCGGCGCCUCCUGGUUGGGCUCUCGUGUUCUUCUACUAUAUUUGAGGUUACGGAUUCAGGAGUUAGUUAAGAAAUGUUAUCCAACUCGGACAGAAAGAGCAGAUGAUGGGCUCAUAAAUAAAAUGCUAAGAGCAUCUUAUGAUCCUGGUUCUCCUGUGGUCGUGGAAAGCAUCUUCAGUUUUAAUCUUUCCAUACCUCUUAAUUUUCUUAUUGAAGAAUUCAGGGAAAAGGUUCUGAUUAUACAGGGGAUGAAAGAUCCAAUUUCUGACUCCAGUUCCAGGGUGGCUACACUGAAAGAACAUUGCGAUGGACUUGUAAUUAAAGAAUUGGAUGCUGGCCAUUGUCCGCACGAUGAGGUGCCAGAACAAGUGAAUGAUAUCCUUUAUGAGUGGAUACCUAGGAUUGAAAGCCAAAUUUUGACAGGGUCCCCAGCUUAAAGUCUAUUGAUGUAUAUAGCAAAAUGUAAAUGUAUAUAAUCAUUAAUCAUUAUUCAUUAUUACCAGAACAUUUUAUAAUUUAAUUUUCUUUCUUACUUAUUCA